AUGGAAUCCAAGCUGGCCCAGAUCUCCUCGCUCGCGCAAAAGGACAGAGGCCCUGCAUAUCUCGCCGUUGUGAACGAGGUCCUCUCCAGACCAGAUCACAGCAGCAUCGCAAACGAUACCCGCACCGUCCUCGACACCGUCCUCCAGGACAAUGUCGUUGUGGGCAGACAAGUCCUUCUGGAGCUCGCACGCGCUCUUGGUGGUCAGAGCACCUUGCCAGCUGAUCUGAGGAAGCAGAUAGUAGAGGAAACCUUGUCCAUCGUCCAGCCGAGACUUGUCAGUUAUGAGGAGCAAGUAAACCCCCUCAGGUUAAUCCUUGCAGACAUACUGGAGAAAGAGGAGGACUGGAGCGGAGCUGCUCGUGUGCUCACUGGCAUCUCCCUCGACGCUGGUCAAAGAACAGACGAGGACAGGCUGCGCGUAUAUGUACGAAUAGUCCGAUUGCUACUCGAAGAAGAAGACUCUGUGCAAGCAGAGACAUAUUACAACCGCGCUGCUAUCCUGGUCCACUCCACACAGGACAGGGAGCUUCUCUUGGGCUUCAAGCUUUGCCAGGCCCGCAUCCACGACUACUCCCGUCGUUUCCUCGAAGCUGCAUCACGAUACCACGAACUCAGCUACGUUGCAGAGAUCGACGAAGAAGAGCGGAAACAGAUGCUCAAAGCCGCCGUGACCUGCGCCGUCCUCGCCCCAGCGGGCCCGAACCGCUCGCGCAUCCUCGCCUCGCUGUGCCGCGACGAGCGCACGGCCGAGCUCCCGACGUUCAACAUCCUCUCCAAGAUGUUCCUCGAUCGCAUCCUGCGUGCGCACGAGAUCAAGGAGUUCGAGGGCACGCUCAAGACGCACCAGCUCGCCAAGAUCUCGCUCUCGAGCAGCGACCGCGUCGUCGCCGCGGCGAACGAGGACGCAGGCGAUCCCGCUGUGAGCAGGCGCACCGGCCCCGCGACGGUCCUCGACCGCGCCGUCAUGGAGCAUAACCUGCUCGCGAGCUCCAAGAUCUACAACAACAUCACCUUCCGCGGGCUCGGCGCCCUCCUGGACCUCGCGCCUGGCGCGGCAGAGACAAUGGCGCGCAGGAUGAUCGAGCAGGGACGCCUCAAAGGUUCGAUCGACCAAGUCGAGAGGCUCAUCUGGUUCGACGCCGGAGGCGACGAAGACGAUGCACAGGGCAAGGCAGGCGGAUUGGGCGAUGUCGAACAGGAAACCGAGGACACGGGUGCACCGUUCACAAAGCGGUGGGAUAUGCAGAUCCGCAUGACCGCCGCGAGUGUCGAGUCAAUCGUUCAGCACCUUAAGGAGAAGGGUCUCGUACAAUUCGCCACGGCGCAAGUGUAG